AUGGACAGCCCCAGCAAUGCCACCGUGCCCCUUGGCUUUCUCCUUCAGGGCUUCUCUGAGUUCCCGCACCUGAGGCCAGUGCUCUUCCUCCUGCUGCUGGCCGUGCACCUGGCCACCCUGAGUGGGAACCUGCUCAUCCUGGUGGCCGUGGCCUCUGUGCCCAGCCGGCCACCCAUGCUGCUCUUCUUAUGCCAGCUGUCGGCCAUUGAGCUCUGCUACACUCUGGUGGUGGUGCCCCGAUUCCUUGCCGACCUGGCCGCACCGGGCCAGGGCAGGGGCAGUCCCAUCUCCUUCCUGGGCUGUGCUGUCCAGAUGCAGAUGUUUGUGGCACUGGGCGGGACUGAGUGCUUCCUGCUGGCCGCCAUGGCCUAUGACCGCUAUGUGGCCAUCUGCCACCCUCUGAGCUACGCAGCUGUGGUGACCCCCGGGCUGUGCGUGCGAAUGGCUCUGGCCUGCUGUCUUGGGGGGCUGACGGUGUCUGUGGGGCUCACAGUGGCAGUUUUCCACCUGCCUUUCUGUGGCUCCCGCCUGCUGGUGCAUUUCUUCUGUGACGUCACAGCGCUCCUGCACCUGGCCUGCACAAGGAGCUAUGUGGACGAGCUGCCCGUGCUGGGUGCCUGCCUGGUGCUGCUGCUGCUGCCUUCCCCGCUCAUCCUGGCCUCCUACGUGGCCAUCGUCACUGCCCUGCGUCGCCUGCACUCCUCCACAGGCAGGCAUAAGGCCGCCUCCACCUGCGCCUCGCACCUGGCCGUCACCUUCCUGCACUAUGGCUGCGCCACCUUCAUGUACGUGCGGCCCAAGGCCAGCUACUCCCCGAGGCAGGACCGCAUGCUGGCUCUCAUCUACACCAACGUCACCCCGCUGCUCUACCCACUCAUCUACAGCCUGCGCAACCGAGAGAUCACUGCUGCCAUCCACAGGGUGCUGGGACGGUUACGGCCAGGCCAGCCACCAGCGCGGAGUCUGCGUGAACCCUGA